UUCCGCCAUAUCCUGAAGUUGCCGAGAACCCAAGUUGUCUUGCUUGGGGUGCCCCUCGCCUUAUUCCUGGGCUCUGGCUCCUGGCUCCUGGCCCUGGUGGCCAGCCUCGCCCUCCUGGCUGCCCUGAGGUUCCUUGCUAAAAUCCUCUGGACCCAGUAUGUGGACAACUGUUUGGACACAGACAUGUCUGACAUCACCAAAACCUACUUAAGCAAGCGUGGCUCCUGCUUCUGGGUGGCUGAGUCUGAGGGGCAGGUGGUGGGCAUGGUGGGAGCUCUGCCAGCUGAGGAGCCCACCUUGAGGAAGAAGCAGGUGGAGCUGUUUCACCUGUCUGUGGCCUCGGAGUGCCGGGGUCAGGGGAUAGCGAAAGCCCUGGUCAGGACGCUCCUCCAGUUUGCACGUGACCAGGGCUACAGUGAAGUCGUCCUUGCCACCAGCAUGCUGCAGGUCUCCGCUCUGGCACUCUACCAGAGCAUGGGC